AUUGCCGACAUGUUCUAGACACACCCACGUAGAUGGGGCUGCACUUUGCAGCAAUCCUAAAUGUUGCAGCGCGUUAAUGUUGAGCGCGAGUGAUUUUGGGCAAUUGUCGCCCACCUCCCUGUCCUCCACUCGCACAAGUGGGCUCUCGCAUAUAUGAAUCUUUUGCGAAACUUCAAUCUAGCCGUCCACCGUCAUAUGACGCGUCGGUAGGGUUUAGGAAUUUCAGUAUCAUCGGUUCGGCCGCACAAACACAACCGCUGCCACUUUUUCAGUCGUGAUCUGAACCACUACAGUGCCAUAACAAUGGAUACCGCCAUGACAGCCCACGAAGCCUCCUCUUCAUCCUCCUCCAAGUCAAAACUUUGGAAUUACGACUUGUUCUUGAGCUUCAGAGGUGAAGACACGCGCAACGGCUUCACAGGCCACCUCCACGCGGCAUUAAAAGACAGGGGAUACCAGGCUUAUAUGGAUGAGGACGAUCUAAAAAGAGGGGAAGAAAUAAAAGAGGAACUGUUCCGGGCAAUCGAAGGGUCGAGGAUCUCCAUCAUUGUCUUCUCAAAGAGGUAUGCGGAUUCCAGUUGGUGUCUUGACGAGCUGGUGAAGAUCAUGGAGUGCAGAUCCAAACUGGGGCGACAUGUUUUGCCAAUAUUCUAUCAUGUUGAUCCUUCACAUGUCAGGAAGCAGGAUGGAGAUUUAGCCGAAGCAUUUCUGAAGCACGAAGAGGGCAUCGGUGAAGGAACAGAUGGCAAGAAACGUGAAGAUAAACAAGAAAGGGUAAAGCAGUGGAGAAAGGCUCUUACAGAAGCUGCAAACUUGUCUGGCCACCAUCUUCAUAUCACUGAUAAUGGGCGCGAAGCAAAUCUUAUUAGAGAAAUUGUUGACAAUAUUAUUACGAAAUGGCUUAUGAGCACAAACAAACUAAGAGUGGCCAAGCACCCGGUUGGUAUCAAUUCUCGUAUUCAAGAUAUUAUCAGUCAUCUUUCAAGUGGCGGAUCAAAUGUUGUCAUGGUUGGAAUUUGGGGGAUGGGUGGAUUGGGUAAAACAACAGCUGCCAAAGCCAUUUAUGAUCAAAUUCAUCAUAAGUUCCAAUUCAAAAGUUUUCUGCCUGAUGUUAGCAACACUGCAAGUAAACAUGGUCUAGUUUAUUUGCAAAAGAAACUUAUUUCUGACAUCUUAAAAACGAAGUUUGAAAUAAGCAGUGUUGAUGAAGGUAUUGGUCUGAUAGAAGAUCAAUUUCGACAUAGAAGGGUACUUGUCAUCAUGGACAACAUAGAUGAAGUGGGCCAAUUGGAUGCAAUAGUUGGAAAUCAUGAUUGGUUUGGUCCAGGAAGUAGAAUUAUCAUAACAACAAGAGAUGAACAUUUACUAAAGCAAGUGGAUAAGACAUAUAUGGCUAAGAAAUUGAAUGAACUAGAAGCUUUGGAGCUCUUUAGUUGGCAUGCCUUUGGAAAUAAUUGGCCUAAUGAAGAAUAUCUUGAACUCUCAGAAAAAGUUGUUUCUUACUGUGGAGGUUUGCCACUAGCCCUUGAAGUUUUAGGUUCUUUUUUGUUUAAAAGACCCAUAGCAGAGUGGAAAAGUCAAUUGGAGAAAUUGAAAAGAACUCCUGAAGGAAAAAUAAUAAAAUCCCUAAGAAUAAGCUUUGAAGGGCUAGAUGAUGCACAGAAGGCUAUAUUUCUUGACAUAUCUUGUUUCUUUAUUGGAGCGGACAAGGACAUUGUCACAAAAGUAUUAGAUGGAUGUGGAUUUUCUGCAACAAUAGGAAUCAGUGUCCUUUGUGAACGAUGCCUUAUAACUGUUGAGCAUAACAAGUUGAAUAUGCAUGACUUGCUUCGAGAAAUGGCAAGAGUAAUCAUUUCUGAAAAAUCCCCUUGUCACCCUGGAAAAUGGAGUAGGUUGUGGGAUGAUCGAGAGGUCAUCAAUGUAUUGACAAAUAAAUCUGGAACUGAAGAAGUUGAAGGACUUGCUCUACGUUGGCCUUAUGACACUGAUAUCAGUACAGAAGCAUUUGCCAAUAUGAAAAAACUGAGAUUGCUUCAACUCAACGAAGUAGAGCUCAUAGGAGAAUACAAACAUCUUCCCAAAGAGUUAAUAUGGUUGCGUUGGGAAGAAUGCCCUUUAAAGUCCAUACCAGAUGACUUUUUUAGUCAAGAUAAACUAGUUGUUUUAGAGAUGUGGGACAGCGAACUGGUACAAGUUUGGGAGGGUUCCAAGUCGCUACAUAACUUGAAAACCCUUGAUCUCAGCGGUUCCUGUGACUUACAGAAAUCACCGGACUUUUUACGAGUCCCAAAUCUUGAAGAGUUGAUACUGCAAUGGUGUGAUAGUUUGUUCGAGAUUCACCCUUCCAUUGGUCAUCUUAAAAGACUUUCCUUGGUGAACCUUAGCCAUUGUCAUAAGCUUAUUUCUCUUCCAAGGGAUUUCUAUAAAUUGAAAUCUGUUGAGACACUUCUUCUUAAUAGAUGUUAUAAAUUCAGAGAACUGCAUGAGGAUAUAGGGGAGAUGAUAUCACUGAGAACACUUGAAGCAAAGUAUACAGCCAUAAGAGAAGUACCACCUUCCAUUGGUCAUCUUAAAAGACUUUCUUUGGUGAACCUUAAAGGAUGCAGAAUGCUUAGUUCUCUUCCAAGGGAUUUCUAUAAACUGAAAUCUGUUGAGACUCUUCUUCUUAACGACUGUUCAAAAUUCAUAGAACUGCAUGAGGAUAUAGGGGAGAUGAUAUCACUGAGAACACUUGAAGCAGAGGAUACAACCAUAAGAGAAGUACCACCUUCCAUUGGUCAUCUUAAAAGACUUUCUUUGGUGAACCUCACAGGCUGCGACAAUCUUAUUUCUCUUCCAAGGGAUUUCUAUAAAUUGAAAUCUGUUGAGACUCUUCUUCUUAAUGACUGUUCAAAAUUCAUAGAACUGCAUGAGGAUAUAGGGGAGAUGAUAUCACUGAGAACACUUGAAGCAGAGCAAACAGCCAUAAGAGAAGUACCACAUUUCGUAUUAGGAUUGAAGAAUCUCACUCGUUUAUCCCUAUCAGGUGUGGAAAGUAUUCAUUUGCCACAUUCGUUACACGGCUUCAACUCUUUAAGGGAAUUAGAUCUCUGUGUUGCGAAGUAUCACUUCAGUGUAGAGCUCAAAGGAGAAGACAAAUAUAUGUGUUGGGAAGGAUGCCCUUUAAAGUCCAUACCAGAUGAUUUUUUUAAUCAACCAAGACUAGUUGGCUUAGAGAUGCAGUGUAGCAAACUGGUACAAAUUUGGGAGGGUUCCAAGUCGCUACAUAACUUGAAAACCCUUGAUCUCAGCCAUUCCUAUUCCUUACAGAAAUCACCGGACUUUACACAAGUCCCAAAUCUUGAAAAGUUGAUAUUGGAAGACUGCAUUAGUCUGUUCGAGAUUCACCCCUCCAUUGGUCAUCUUAAAAGACUUUCUUUGGUGAACCUUAGCUUAUGUUCCAAGCUUAUUUCUCUUCCAAGGGAUUUCUAUAAGUCGAAAUCUGUUGAGACUCUUCUUCUUAAUGGAUGUGAAGAAUUCAUAGAACUGCAUGAUGAUAUAGGGGAGAUGAUAUCACUGAGAACACUUGAAGCAGAGCAUACAGACAUAAGAGAAGUACCACCUUCCAUAGUAAGAUUGAAGAAUCUCACUCGUUUAUCCCUUGACCGCAUCAGCUACGUAGAGAUCAAAGGAGAAUACAAAUAUCUGUGUUGGAAAGGAUGCUCUUUAAAGUCCAUACCAGAUGACUUUUUUAAUCAAGAUAAACUAGUUGUUUUAGAGAUGCAUGUGAGCCAACUGGUACAAGUUUGGGAGGGUUCCAAGUCGCUACAUAACUUGAAAACCCUUGAUCUCAGCCAUUCCUAUUCCUUACAGAAAUCACCAGACUUUUCACAAGUCCCAAAUCUUGAAGAGUUGAUAUUGUUUAGCUGUUGGAGUUUGUCUGAGAUUCACCCCUCCAUUGGUCAUCUUAAAAGACUUUCUUUGGUGAACCUUCAACAAUGUUACGAGCUUAUUUCUCUUCCAGGGGAUUUCUACAAGUCAAAAUCUGUUGAGACUCUUCUUCUUAAUUAUUGUUAUGAAUUCAGAGAAGUGCAUGAGGAUAUAGGGGAGAUGAUAUCACUGAGAACGCUUGAAGCAUAUGAUACAGCCAUAAGAGAAGUACCACCUUCCAUAGUAAGAUUGAAGAAUCUCACUCGUUUAUCCCUAUCAGGUGUGGCAAAUUUGGAUCUUUCAUGGAAAUUUUUUCAUACCCUACCCAGUCUCAGUGGUCUUUCAAAGCUUGAAACUCUACGGUUACGUCACUGCGAGCAACUUCGUACAAUCACAAAUUUACCAACAAAUUUGAAAUUUUUGUUGGCGAAUGGAUGCCCUGCAUUGGAAACAAUGCCCAAUUUUUCAGAAAUGUCAAAUAUAAGAGAACUGAACUUAAGUGAUUCACCCAAAGUCAUUGAGGUUCCAGGCUUGGAUAAAUCAUUAAACUCCAUGACAUGGAUUAAUAUGAAAAAGUGCACCAAUCUCUCGACCCAUUUAAGGAAGAACAUCCUACAGGGAUGGACUUCUUGUGGAUUUGGUGGAAUUUUCCUUCAUAGAAACUAUGUUCCUAAUUGGUUUGAGUUUGUCGAUGAGGGCACUAAAGUCACCUUUGAUAUUCCCCCGAGUGAUGGUCGUAAUUUAGAAGAGUUAACUCUGUUCUGCUUGUACCACUCAAACAGAAGCAAUCAGCUUGCCAUUAUUGUUAUAAACAAUACCCAGCGUAUUGAGUUGCGAGCCUACAUAGGCAGACAAGAAUAUGAUGACGACCUAUAUGAAGAUGAUUAUCUUUUGCAGGGACAACUCUCGAACAGUAAGCUCAAUUUGCAAGGUGGGGAUGAAGUUGAUAUACUUUUUGAAAACCCAGCCAUUUCAAUAACGAGAACAGGGGUUAAUCUAGUAUGGGACAAACCUAUGAAGGAAAAUAUGCAUGAUUUGGACAAAGCUGGAUAUGUUUUUGACACACAUCCAACUCGGUUUUAUGAUGAGGGAGGACCAAGCCAUGAAGCAUCUGAUAAUAAUCGUCCCAGGAAACAAAUGAGAAUUACCAUAGAUGACUGAAAUGGGAAAAGGCAAGAAGAAAUGAAACAUCAUCUGUCUUGAUUAUGUCACACCCAGAUCGAUUCUAUGGUGAAGCACGAUCAAGGCGGUGAUGCAUCGUCAUCAUCACAUAUCUGAGUAAGGUCAUAACCAGUUCAUCAAACGCCUCUUUCAUUUUUCAUUUUACUGGUUCGAUAAUGAAGACAAGUCCUUAUUUCAUACUUCUUUAGAUUCCUACGAUUUUUUCAACAAGUAGUUGUUUUGAAUUUUGAAGAAAUAUUGCAUCUAAAAAACAUUUCAACAAUACAACAA